GCGACAUCUAGAAUCAUAAGAUUUUUAUAAAAUGUUAUCAAUAAAUGUAAAGGUCGUAUUUUCUUUCCCAGUCUCUUUUGACACUUUCAACAAAUAAAGGCCAUGAGUUGUACUAAUUUAAUCAUUUUUAUAACAUGUUUUUUCUACAUUGUCUAUGCUUGCUAUGAUACAUUUGAUUGCUGUUGCCCUACAUGGUACCCAACAUACCAUUUUUGCCACCAGAAUUGUUCCACAUCGAAAAAUAGUACCACUUGUUGUGUUAUUGUAAUUCCUUGUGUUACACCAAACUGUAACCCAUAUUUUGUAAGUUGCAAGGGUUGUAAAGGUAAGUUUGGGUACCAAGCAAAAGACCCAUGUAAGGGCAAGUGCCAGAAAAGACCUGUUUGGGUUAAGGAAACUUGUUGUACCACAACGGAAAUAGACUGUACAAAUUGCACAACCGAUUUUUACAAGACUUACAAAGAUUACAAGAAGUGUCGUGGUUGUUUUUAUCUUGUAGAAUAAAAGUGUGCUCUUAUGUAACAUAGAUUAGGUUAUCGUAAAGUUAAGUCGCCAUUUUAAUUUUUAAAUUCAAAAUGUUAUCACAACAAACUUGUAAUUUUGCAACAAUUUAUUGUCAUCUUUGACACGAAUAACUUCGACCAUGAAAACUUGUGUUUUGUUUGUAACAAUUUUGGCAAACUUAUCCGUUAUUUAUGCUUGCUGUAACAGUUGUAACAGUUGUCACCAACAAUGUACAACUGUUGUUUGCGUAAAUCAAUGCCAAGUUAGUUGUUGCAACUAUACAACAACACCUUGCCCGACAACUAGUUCUACAACGCCCACUUCUCCUACAGAAGCAACAACAAGAACACAGACACCAACAGAAAUAACUCCACGACCAGAACGUAUCCUUGAAGAACAACGCAGAAUGGACAUGAACGUCACUUCGUCAAAUGUUAUUAACAACAUAAACACCAUGAACGUCAAUAUCAAGAUUAAUAAAUCCAUCGACAACAACAUUGAUAAUGAUAACACUCAAUCACCACUUCAAACACCAGAAACUAGAACAAUAAUAGUACCAAAAAUAGUACCCGUGACGGUACUAGUACCAGUCAAUACUACAACACCAGUAACACCAACAACAACAACCGUCAAACCUGAUAAAAAAAAGUGUUGUAUUAUUAUUAUCCCAUGUGUGAGUUAUGGAUGCAACCCGUACCAUCGAACGUGUCAUGGGUGCCAUGGUAGUUAUGGGUACGUUCCUCGCAACCCAUGUGGCGUAGGGUGUUACAAAAAAGAAACUUGGGAUCGAGAAAAGUGCCAUUUAGGGCAGUGUGUUUCACACCAAGUUGAUUGUUCUUACUGUGGGCACGAUUUUUAUCAAACUUAUGAUGGGUAUUCCAGAUGUCAUGGGUGUUUUUAUGGACAUUGGUAAUUUAGUACUGUUUAAAAAGUUUAUAAUAAAAAUCUGAUUAUACCAA